AUGUCGACUGAGAAAGAUAUGCGUCAGCUUGUAUCUGAAUUUCGAGAAUAUGACUCAAUUUUUUACAUUAUUAAAGAUAGUCAAUCUGAAUUUUUAAAGAAUGGAACGUAUUAUAACUGCGAUCUGAUGCGUCCUCAGAUUAUUUGUGUAGAUGCUUGUAAUGAUUACGUGGUAUUAGGUUGGAAUAACGGAUUUUUGAGUAUAUACAACAAAAAAUCGUGCAAAGUUACAAAGGUCAUCCAAUUGACAAAAUUCAUUAAGUCUAGGGGAUUAUCUUCUGUGAUUCCUGUUUCCCUUGCUGUGCGUUCUGAAGCUAGACUUGUGAUUAUAUGCUGUUGCCACAAAAAUGUACAAGCUGUUGGAAACUCUUUAUCAUCUCAAGACUUUGGAGGCCAAUCACUAGUUGUGCUACAGUCAUUCUCAACACCCAAUGACUUGGAAUUAAAAUUAUAUCCUGUAAAUAUUACAAAUCCUCAUAAUAAUACACUUUCCGGUAACAUAUAUGUUUCUCCGUGUGGUAAUACAUUUAUCACAGGUGAUUGUCGUGGUAUGAUAGCAGCUUUUAAGUAUGUGAUGAAUGAGACAAGUUAUACAUCAUCAAUUUUAACUGCAGUACCAGGUUCUAUUGUUGAUUUAAAAUUAGCUAAAAAUUAUUUACUAUUAAUCACUUGUCGUCUUCUACCUGAACUCCUUUGUACAUCCAUCAUUGACGACAAUGAUCUAUCUUAUUAUCUUUUUAAUAUGCAUACAAGAAAAUUGAUAAAACUUGAAUUGAAUAAUUUAUUGCCUAGUUCAUUGGAGUUAAAAUUAUCGUGUAUUCAUCCUACAUGGCUUCAAGUUGAUAAUAAUUUACAAUUUGCUUGUUCUUUAACAUCCACUAAACAGCAUGAGCCAAAUUCAUCGGUUACUACAUUCAAUCAUACUCAUCAUUCAAUGAUGAUGAUGAUGGUAUUUUGUGCUAUAUUCAUUGUACAACAUGAAAAUGAUCAUCAUAAUUGUAAUGUUGCAUUACAUACAUUGUUAUCUAUUGAUUGCUUAUCAUCAUCAUCAUUGACCAGUCUAUCUAAUUGUCUGUCUGUUUUACCUUUACAAAUGUCAUUUAAUUAUCCAAUGGUGAUUAAUCAUCAAUCGAUCGAUAAAGAUAUGAAUUGGGAUCAAUUACGAUUGUGCACAUUAUAUGAAGAAUCUGGAUUAUAUGCCCUUUCAUCCAAUUUAAUUAUAUACUGGACUACAUCAAUCACAAAAAACCAAUCCUUAUUCACUCUUAUACAACUAGACCAACACAAUAAUAUUAUGAAGCCAUCAUCAAUUAUGUCAGACAUAGAAAUUAUCCCUCCUGUUAGUACAGUUGACUUGUUAACUUAUUCUCUACAACUUGGAGCAAUUCAGUCCAUGAAAUCAUUAUGGUUAAAACCAUGUCAUAAUUAUGUCAAACAAUCACGUGAUUGUGAUACUAUUGGAUUAGAAGUUUGGAUUGUUAGACAAUUACCUCCUGAUUAUGAAUUGAAUAAUUCAGAAGUGAUUGUUUUAUCAACUCGACCACUACGAGCUCAUUUAAUAGCUUUAGCACCAAAUAUUAGUUAUUCAGAUUUUUAUACAAAUAUUAAUCAAACUGAAUUAGUUCGAUCUAAACUUCAACAAUUGACAAAUGUUGUUACCACUAUUAAUACUACUACUAAUAAUAAUACUAUGUCAGUGAAUUCUCGUGUCCAGUUGUCAACUGCAUCGCCGCAUGCAUCUUCUUCAUCUUCCUCCUCCUCAUUAUCAACAUCAUCAGCAUCAUCUGUAACAUCGUCAAUUAAAAAGAAUCAAUCAAUUUGUUUGAAUAACUCUACAGUACAUCAUUCUUUACAAUCAUAUUCAUUGGGUAAACGUGUCUCUGAAACAUUUAAAAUGUCCGCUUUUAUUCCAUGGCCGCCUAGAUUGUUACAACGUAAGCAUAACAAUCAAUUAUGCUUAUCUAAACAAUCAUCACCUCUAAUGAAUGAUUAUGAUAUUGGUAUUGAUGCUUGUACAUUACUAAAUUCAUGUGAAUAA